UUCUGUCGCGAGACUUCCAGCUCCUCCACCUCCUCUGCCGCUCCCUUUGCCGCCGCCUUACCCCGGGACCCGGACCCAGCCUCUCCCCUUCCCGAACACCGGCCUCGGCUUCACCGAGGCUCCGGUCCCCCAACCCUGCCUCGCCGCCGCCAUGGCGGACCCUAAAUACGCCGACCUCCCCGGCAUUGCCAGGAACGAGCCAGAUGUUUAUGAAACCAGCGACCUCCCUGAGGAUGAUCAAGCAGAGUUUGAUGCGGAGGAGCUGACAAGCACAAGUGUGGAACACAUCAUUGUCAAUCCCAAUGCUGCCUAUGACAAGUUCAAAGACAAGAGAGUGGGGACAAAGGGACUUGAUUUUUCAGAUCGUAUUGGAAAAACCAAGAGGACAGGAUAUGAAUCUGGAGAAUAUGAGAUGCUUGGAGAGGGUAUGGGAGUGAAGGAAACACCCCAACAGAAGUACCAGCGACUACUGCAUGAGGUCCAAGAGCUGACAGCUGAAGUUGAAAAAAUCAAGACGACAGUGAAGGAGUCAGCCGCUGAAGAGAAGCUGACCCCUGUGGUGCUGGCCAAACAGCUGGCAGUCCUGAAGCAGCAGCUGGUUGCUUCCCACCUGGAAAAACUUCUGGGACCAGAUGCAGCGAUCAACCUUACUGACCCUGAUGGAGCUCUGGCUAAGCGCCUACUGCUGCAACUAGAAGCAACAAAGAACAGCAAAGGGACUGGUUCAGGGGGAAAGGCCACCAGUGGGACCCCCCCAGAUAGCAGCCUUGUCACUUAUGAACUGCAUUCUCGACCUGAGCAGGACAAGUUCUCUCAAGCUGCCAAAGUGGCAGAACUUGAGAAGCGCCUGACAGAACUGGAAGCAACUGUGCGCUGUGAUCAGGAUGCUCAGAACCCCCUUUCUGCAGGUCUACAGGGGACAUGUCUUAUGGAGACUGUAGAGCUGUUACAGGCAAAGGUGAGCGCUCUGGACCUUGCUGUUUUGGAUCAAGUGGAGGCUCGACUUCAGAGCGUCUUGGGGAAGGUGAAUGAGAUCGCCAAGCAUAAAGCCUCUGUAGAGGAUGCAGAUACACAAAGCAAGGUGCACCAGCUAUAUGAAACGAUACAGCGUUGGAGCCCCACUGCCUCCACCCUUCCGGAGCUGGUGCAGAGACUUGUCGCCAUCAAGCAGCUGCACGAGCAAGCUAUGCAGUUUGGUCAGCUCCUGACACACUUGGAUACCACACAGCAAAUGAUUACUAGUUCCCUCAAGGACAAUACUACACUUUUGACCCAGGUGCAGAAGACAAUGCGUGAAAACCUAUCCACGGUUGAGGGGAAUUUUGCCAACAUUGACGCACGGAUGAAGCAGCUUGGAAAGUGAGCACACCUCUGGGAGAUGGGACAGGGGUAAUCCUACCCCUCUGAACUCCUUUAACAGCUUACCUAGGGCUUCCCAUAAUUAUAACUCAUACCCCCACCCCAUUGACACUGGGAGGGAAGGGGGUUCUUCUUGCAUGUGGGGUUUAUACCCCUCCUCUGAUGACUACAGAGCAAUAGCUGGGGGGUAUUAGAUGGUGGUCUCAGGAUAAGGACAUGGAUGUGGCAGUGUGCCAGUUCCUGUCUGAUACUGCUUUGCCUGGUGUGGGGAAGCAUUGGGUCCUGUCCUCCAGCACAGCUUCUGUGGUUGAUUGUAAUACUGUACAACUGUUUCUGACCAUUAAAUGCUGUUAUACUCUGUG